AUGGCGCUGCAGUUUAUCAACCAGAGCUCGAGCGGGAUAGGCAGCCCUGACAGGCGCAUCAUCCGCUCCCACGUCAUGCGAGGCAAGAAUACGGGCAAGCAGCGCCGGUCCACCAAGAAACAGAAGACCGUCGCACAACUCAAGCACCUCUUGUAUCCUCCAAAAUUCAGAUAUGUGAUUCCGCGGCAGGUGCUCUGGGGCGACCUGUGUCUCACUUCGUUCCCUCAAGAGCUCGACCCCGAGUCCACGGCGCUCAUGCAUCGGUGGUUCUUUGACAUUAGCGAUGCGCUAUUUCCGCCGCAGUUCUGUACCAAGUUUGACAUUGUAAAGUCCGUCUGGGUCAACUACAUUCUAGCAGAUGAAGCAUAUUUCCAUAGCACCUUGGCUAUAUCCUCAUCUUAUGUUGACUUCUCCCAGCGGAAACCAGCAAUAUCUCCCAAAACUCUUCACCACAUCUCACAGGCGUAUGCUUUGGUCAACGUAAAACUCUCGGGUCCUUUUUCCGUUUCCGACAGCGCCAUAGCUGCUGUAGUCAGCCUCGCCAUCUACCAGCAAAUACAUCACCAGCCUGCGACGGGACUGAUCCAUCUCCACGGUCUCUAUCGCAUGAUUCAGCUGCGAGGUGGGAUUGCUAGGCUGAUGCAAGAAGAUCGUGCGCUGGCACUGAAGCCGUUGAGGCUCGAUGUUGAAUUAGCAAUGCAAAAUGGCACACGCACCCUGUUUCGAGGCAAUGAAGCGCCCGUUCACCCGGUCUUAUGCGAACCCAAUGUCAGCGGCGGGCACUUUCCCAGCGCUGCCCCUUGGAUGCCACUCAUCAUGCUCGAUCUGUUCAGCUUCUCAAGGCUGCUGAACAACGUAGAGAGGAGGCAAGGACUGAAGCUUGAUCCUCUAGACUAUAUGGAGACGGUUGUGUCGCUCCUUUAUCGCCUCGUAGACAUCUCGUCUCUAAGGCAAGCGUCUACCGAGCCCGGAGGACGUUAUGGCGAGGUGACAUACCUUGCAAUGCUGGCAUUUAUGACGACAUUGCUACCAGAAUUCACCCGUGAUGGAUCUAGCUGCCCCCUUCUUUCUGAUCGUCUGGGAAGGGCCAUGCAAGACCUUUGCGUCACAGCAUUGGAGUCGUCGGACUCUGAUCCAGCAUUAGUCUUAUGGAUUCUUUUUAUAAGUGGGAUAUCGGCGUUGGAUCUCAAAGACUGUCGGUGGCUGUCGCCGUUAAUUGCCGACACUUGUGAGAGGCUAGAGCUGGACAACUGGGCUGCCAUUCAGCGGCAGCUGAGUCAGUUUCCUUGGAUAUUCGCGUUGCACGAAGCCCCAGGCUGCCGCCUAUGGGAGGAUGUACGACUGGGGAGCAGAAAGAUUCCAUGGAAUAUGUCAUCACAGGAAUCAUAA